CUCAAGUUUAUUUAAACAGAUAAGACGGGUCUCAACGGACUUACUGAUAAAAUAUGCAGCGCCGAUAAAAUUGGAAUUAAAAUUUAUCUGUUUUACCGCAGAAUUUCGAUCUAAAAAUAAAUAGGUAUAUAGUGCACGGCACUCCAGAUGUCUAUGAAGGUCGCUGGGGCGGCUGCUUCAACAGUUCAAAAUAUUGAGCACACGAGUCACAUACACUAUAAAUCUAAAGAGGUUGUAGUAACGUUCAUUUGUCAUUCAUAAAUAGCUGGGACAGUCGCGCAGCUGACACAGAUAUUAAGUAGUACACAAGGUGAACUAUGGCGGGAGAGCGAUUGUACAGUUUUCAGACCGGACAGAAGAAUGAAUUCCAGAUUGUGGAUUAUAUUCUCUUUGCAGGAUUACUGUUUUGUUCUGCAGGGAUUGGAUUAUUCUAUGCCAUCAAAGACAGGCAGAAAUCUAACACAAAGGACUUUUUACUUGCUGGAGGAGACAUGAACCCAAUACCAGUGGCUUUGUCCCUCCUGGCAAGUUUCAUGUCCGCUAUCACUCUCCUGGGGACCCCUGCAGAAAUGUAUAACUACACCACGAUUUACUGGUGGAUAGGCCUGGGCUAUUUUUUCGUUAUUCUUGGAGGAGCCCAUGUUUAUAUGCCUGUAUUUUACAGACUUCGCGUAACCAGUUCAUAUGAGUAUUUGGAACAUCGGUUCGGGAAGAUUUCUAGGACGAUUGGUGCCAUUAUAUAUGUAACUCAAAUGACUCUGUACAUGUCCAUUGUGCUUUAUGCGCCAUCUUUAGCUCUGAAUGCAGUGACUGGUUUUACACUAUGGGGUUCUAUUUGGGCAGUAGGCUUAGUCUGUAUUUUCUACACAACUAUAGGCGGGAUGAAGGCCGUGCUAUGGACCGAUACCUUUCAGGUAGGUAUGAUGAUGGCAGGACUACUAGCGGUGCUAAUUCAGGGCAGUAUAGAGGUGGGUGGAUUCGGUAAGGCAUGGGAGCGCUCCGUGGUAUCCGGCCGCAUCAACUUUGUUGAUUUUGACCCUGACCCUGCAAUCCGCCACAGCUUUUGGACCUGUGUUGUUGGGGGUUGCUUCACCUGGCUUUCCGUGUAUGGCGCCAAUCAAGCUCAAAUUCAACGCGCGGUCACGUGUUCAACCUUAAAGAAAGCACAAAUAGCUUAUUGGUUGAAUUGGCCAGGACUGUGCAUCAUUUUGUACAUCUGCGCUAUGAUUGGUACUGUGAUUUACGCCUUCUACGAGACCUGUGACCCAAAGACCUAUGGAUUAAUCUCGGCUUCCGACCAGUUACUACCGCUGUUUGUGAUGGACGUCCUCGGACACGUCCCAGGUAUCCCCGGGCUCUUCGUUUCCUGCCUCUUUUCUGGUGCUUUAAGUACUCUUUCUUCUGGACUAAACUCUAUCGCAGCUGUUCUUCUACAAGAUGUCCUCCGAGUUUUCUGUGUCAAACGAAUUAAUUCCGAGAUCAUUGCCACUUAUGCAUCAAAGAUUAUAGCCCUCGUCUUUGGCUUCAUCUGUUUAGGACUGACCUACGUAGCAUCUCUUUUGGGUGGAGUUCUGCAGGCUGCCCUAGCAUUGUUUGGAGUAAUUGGAGGGCCAUUGUUGGGUGUUUUUACACUUGGAAUGUUGUUUCCAUGGGCAAAUGAAAAGGGAGCUGUGACUGGAAUGUUGACAAGUCUUGUCUUCAUGCUGUGGAUAAGUGUAGGGUACCAGGUCCACAAACCAAAGGUAGCCACAUUCUCACCCAUCUCUGUGGAGGGCUGCAACUGGAAUCUGACCACAAAAGUUCCCCCGACAACCCUCAACUCAUUCUAUGUCAGUAACAUGACUACUCAGAGCUCAGUGUUUAUCUCUACAGUUAAUGCCACCCUCACAACAGCAGCAGACAUGGCAAAGGAAGAUUCAUAUAAUGUUAUGGACAGAUUCUACUCCCUCUCCUACCUCUGGUACAGUGCCACGGCGAUGAUUGUGGUGAUAGCAGUCGGAAUGCUAGUCAGUGCAAUCACAGGAUUAGAAAAGCCAAGUGAGAUGGACCCUAAGCUUUUCUGCCCAAUAUUUGAUGUAUUCUGUCCAUUUUUACCAGAGAAAAUCAGGAAACCCCUCAGAUUUGGAGUACGAUAUGAUGAGAUAAAACAGUGUGGAGACUUGGAAUUAAAGUUUCAAGAUGGUAUAGAAGAAAAGGAGGAGGGAUCUCCAUUACAGCAAAAGGUUGUAGCAGAGGUCAAUGGAGAAAAUGCCAAGACAGCCAUGUUGUGAUGAAGGGCUGGAGGCGUGUCCUCAUCUACUUGUAACGGCCAUUGUGACCAAACUAGAACAAAACUAGCAAAUGUAUCGUAGAUCUUGUGUUCAUCACUUAUAUUUUUUUUUUCAUUUUUUAUCCCAAACAUCCACUGAAUCACAUUGUAGUUACAGGUUAACGUACAGUAUGUGGUUUAAGAAUAAAUAACAAAAAAAAAAAAAUUUUCUUCAAGAAUUUAAAUAUCUUUGCUUAAUUAGGAGCCUCUCUAACUAAUGAAGUGAUAUUUGUUUAGUUGAACAAAUUUAUGUUUGACCAUGCUAAAAAAUUUGGUGAAAAAAGGGGAAAAAGUAACUUUACAGCUAAGAGUAAUUUUUGAAAAUUAAAGAAAUACAUGUAUAUGAAGUUUUGUUACUGAAAAGUUUCUAGGAACAUUUUGUAGAGUCUAUUUUUACAUUUUACAUAAUUAAAAUUUUCUUAUUAGAUUUUGAUUGAAAGAAAUGAUGAAAAAAUAGCAAUACAACUCUUCUGUAUGGGAGAUAAGAAAAUUUGUUUGUGGUAUUAUCUUUACUGUGCUCGUUUAUCUGCAGGUUGUUUGAUGCUUCAUUGUACCAUACCAUAGUCUUGUACAAAUUAUACAGAAAAAAAAAUUUAUAUUAAUACAUACACAAUGACAUCAUAUUGUCAAGAAAUACUCAUGGAUAAUCUUUACUCAAGACAUGUGCCAGUUCUAUUCUCUACUCUCCCUAAAUGUUUGAUCUGUAUAACAAUGUUUUGUGAAAUAAGAUUUCAACAUGAAUUUAGUACAUUUUGUCAGACAAUCAGUGUCAAUAAAACAAAAACUGUAGAGCAGUUCAUAA